UGCCGUGUGCCACGGCCGGCGGCUAAAUGGUCCCUCCUCCUCCUCCUCCCGUCUCCGCUUCUCCUUUCCUCCUGCCAGCUCGGUAGUAAAACAUUUGACUGUGUCCGAGUCAAAUUUGUCUGGUGAUCGUAAUCGAGUGACAGGACGUCUCUACUGUCCUACCCCGAGCGUCAUGACGCUGACUAUGUCAGAGCGCUCACUUAUCUAGCGGUUCACACGACAGCACACGACUUGUCGCCCCCAUCAGCGUACUGCAAUGGGAUUUCUAUUCGAGGCAUAGCCAUAAAGGAGGGACAUGGGUCGCAUGAGUCGGCAGGCAGUUCUGUGCCGAACUGACUGCCAUGAGCGCAACAGCGUACCUCCAGCGACUCGUUCGCAAGUUGGAAGUCAAGCAGGUGGACUCAGAUGGGGAGUUGUCGUACUCCGAAGGGUUCCUGAAGAAUGAGGAUCUCUAUCCUGUCCCGCCCGAGCGACGCACUUGGGCCAUGUUGAAUUAUGUCUCGUUCUGGGUUACUGACGGUUUCAAUAUGAAUACAUGGCAGAUUGCCGCUUCUAUGAUCAACGCUGGUUUAUCUUGGUGGCAGGCUUGGCUCUGCGUUUGGUUGGGAUUCGGCGUGGCUGCACCAUUCGUUGUGCUCAAUGCUCGCCCGGGAGCGAUCUUCCAUAUCACCUUCCCCGUGGUUUCUCGCGCUAGCUUCGGGAUCUGGGGGAGCCUCUGGUGCAUCCUCAAUCGGGUGGCGAUGGCGUGCCUUUCGUACGGCGUGCAGGCGAGCCUGGGUGGAUCGUGCGUGCUCGUCAUGUUGCGAGCGAUAUGGCCGAGCGUCGAGAACAUCCCGAACUCGAUGCCGGCUUCCUCUGGAACGACGACGCGGGACUUCAUGUGCUUCUUCCUCUUCUGGCUCAUCUCCCUACCGGCGAUCUGGCUCCCCCUCCACAAAGUGCGGCAUCUCUUCACCGUCAAGGCCAUCAUCGUCCCGAUUGCCAUCGUCACCUUCUUCAUAUGGUGCAUCGUCAAAGCGCACGGUGUCGGACCGAUCGUGCGGCAACCGGGAACACUGCAUGGCUCAACUCUGGCGUGGAUGAUGAUCUCGAGAACGAUGUCGUGCAUCAGUAAUAUUUCUACGCUCAUAACGAACGCCCCGGACUUCGCGUCGAGGGCACGACGGCCGCAGGAUGCUCUGUGGCCUCAGCUCAUAUCCAUGCCCCUUGGCUUCGGCAUUGUCUGCUUUCUCGGGAUCAUCGUCAGCUCGUCGUCACAGACUAUAUACGGCGAGGCUAUCUGGUCUCCGAUCACUCUGCUCGGCACGUUUCUCGACGAUAGCCCGUCGCAUGCAACUCGGUUUGCGGUAUGGUUCAUCUCGGCAGCGUUCGUCAUCGCACAGCUUGGCACAAAUAUUGCCGCGAACUCAAUCAGUGCUGGCUGUGACCUCACUGCCUUGUUUCCGCGCUUCAUCAACAUCCGUCGCGGAGGCUACAUCGCUGCGAUAGUUGGAUUGUGCAUGCUCCCAUGGAACGUUCUCAAGAGUAGCAACUACACCACGUUCGUGUCUGCGUACUCUGUGUUCCUUAGUCCGAUUGCAGGAGUGAUGGUCACAGAUUACUACAUCAUACACAAGGGGCACUACCGCGUCAGCGACCUAUACCGCCCCGAUAAAGGUGGCUGGUACAGUUAUACGUAUGGAAUCAAUCUACGGGCAUAUGUGGCGUAUAUCUCAGGCAUAGUCAUCAAUGUCGUAGGAUUCGCUGGUGCCGCUGGCCAACCAGUUUCAGAGGCAGCCAUCCAUAUCUAUGACCUAUCGUUUUUCACAGGCUUCGCCGUAUCGGCCUCCAUAUAUUGGACACUCAAUCAGAUCUUCCCCGCGGCCGGUGCAGCGAAGACCUUCCAGGAAGUCGAUCACUCGGGUAUGAUAAGUCGCAUCGACGGCAUACAUGACCCCGAGGAGCCGGAGAAGACGCAAAGCGGGGAUGAACUGGAGAGCGAUUCGAAGGAUGGCAUUUCGGAGAUCGUUUCAACAGUAUGAAGACACAGUUCGCUCAUGUGUUCUAGUAGACUAUGAUGCGGUCCACGUAACAUUGGUCGAGAUAUUGGGAGCUCGUGUUGCAGAGUAUUCCGUGGAUAGAAUAU